CGUUACUCCAUUUCGAUACUGCGAUAAGCUGCUAAAAUCACCCCCAAAACAGUUCGGCUAUUUCACCGAUACCGGGAAAUUCCCGCCGGCGCUGGAAAUGGAGGACGAAAAGCUGGCUGCGUACUACGACGACCUGACUCGUAGAGGUGGCGGCGCCGCCCGAUUCAAGCAGGGUCUCGGCUUCUCUUCCAACAAUUCGUCCACAAACGAUGACGUUCCGUCCAGGGGCUCCGCCCUCCCCGCCGCCUCAUCUUUCCUCAGUAGCUUCGUCAGAGAAUCCAGCCCUUCCAAAACUUCCGACUUCGGAAAGCAAGCGCAGCUUCAGUCAAUCCAAAACAAGCUCAGCAAAAAACCUGAGGCCCGGAGCCGGAGCCCUAGCCCUAGCCGAAAUUCGAUCCGAAGUCCUAGCCGAGAUAGGAUUAGGGAUAAACAUUCAAAUCGGCUGAGCCGGAGUCGUAGCCGAAGCUGGAGUCCCGGCCGAGAUAGAAUUAGGGAUAAGCAUUCGAAGCGGCGGACUAGGAGUCGGAGCCCUAGCCGGAGCCGCGACACGCGGUCGAGGCGGAGGAGUAGUAGCCGUGAAGAUGGGUCGAGGCGUCGAUAUCGGUCUAGGAGUAGGAGCAGAGAGAAGAAUAGAGAGAGAAGUAAGAGGCAAGGAUCGCCGGAGGAGCGGAGGUUGGAUAAAGGGAAGAAGCGGGAGGCGGUGCGCGGUGGUGGUAGGACUGAUUUUGCUAAAUUGAUUGACGGUUAUGAUAGUAUGACACCAGCUGAAAGAGUCAAAGCCAAGAUGAAGCUUCAGCUUUCAAAAACUGUUGAAAAUGAUGAAACAAUUGGAAAAGGCUCUGGAUGGGAGCGUUUUGAGUUCGACAAGGAUGCCCCUCUCGAUGAUGAGGAGGACAUAGAAGCUGCUGAUGACGAUGCUGUGUUGGUCAAGAACAUGGGACAAAGCUUUCGUUUCUCUGCAGUGGCGGCGAGGAAAGAGGAAGAGAUGAAGGCCCUUCACGAUGAAGCGAUCUUUGGAGUCUCUUCACACCCACCGCCUGCAGAGACAGACAACGAGGCACAAGGUGCGAACCAUGUAGAUGAAAACGUUGAAACUGCUCCUGCAAUGAGUCUUCUCAGUGACGAGGUAAAUUUGUUGCACAUUACAGGGGGAAUAAUUCGAUGCUCAUCUACACUGUUGCUGCUGAUAAAAUUUCCAUCUCUGCAGCUUUUAACCAGGCAAAAAGGAUCUUGGCGCGAUCGUGCUUACAAACGAUGAAGUCUUGCAACAAUUUUGUGAGGUACAAUAUUUAUCAUUCUCUAAACAGCUAUGGCCAGUAUUUAUAGUUGUGUGAUGUACAGAAGAGGAAAUUAGUCCCAUUAGAAAUUUUAAGCAUACUUUGGUUGUAACAUGGAACUAGUGUCAUCUGCGGCUUAGAGAAACAGCAAUGAUACAUGUUAUUUGUUUCUCCUUGUUCGAUUUGUCUGAAUUUGGAUGAUUCAAAGAGUGUUUGUGUCACUGUUUUCUGUUAUCUAUUAGUACUACACAAAAUUUGAUAUGCA